ACUUCUGUGGGAGGGACUACCUAAGGAAGGUUGGAAGAGGGCCAGGCUGCUGGAGCCACAGCACAGGCAGAGGUAGCUAGAGGUAGACAGGAAAGACAUCCUGACUCCCUACCAUAGCUUGGUGUGAGCCACUCAUGAUGACCAACCAGUGAAACAAUCAUCAAAAACAUCCUAAUCCAACCAGGUAUGGUGGGCACAUACCCAUCAUCCUGGCACCACAGCUCUAGAGACAAGGUGUGGUCCAGUCCAGCCUGGACUACAUGGAGACAUCCGUGUUUUUGUUGUUUGUUUUUUAAGAUAGGAUUUCUUUGCAUUCCUGGGUGUCCUGGAACUCACUUAUGUAGACUAGUGGGGCCUUAGACUCACAGAACUAGGAUUAAAGUCUGACAGAUUUGUUUUUAGAGACAGGGUUUCUCUGUGCAGCCUUGGACAGCCUUGGCUGUCCUGGACUCACUUUGUAGACUGCACUGGCCUUGAACUCAAGAGAUCCACCUUCCUCUGCCUCCCUGAGAGCUGGGAUUACAGGUGCGUGCCACUGUACCCGGCUUCACUUACGGGUUUGCCUGUGUAUGUUGCCCCACUGAGGUCUGAUGAGGGCCAAAAAUCCCUUGUAACUGGGGGUAGAGGCAGCCGGGAAGCCACCUGGGAACCUAACUCUGGGCCUCUGUAAGGGCACUGUACACUUUUAACCCUGAACAAUCUCUGCAGCCCCUAAGAAUAGAAGACCCUCAUGGUGCUUGCUUUUAAAAAACGGGGGUAAAAGCGGUCCAAGGAAGGUCGUUUAACACACUAAUUAAGCACCAGGUAUCUGUGAGCCGUGGAUAAGCAGAGCUGAGAGGCUGCCAAGUCGUAGCUUCAGUGACGGAUGGACAGUACCAGGCAAAAAUAACCCUGUUACCAAGAACCUUGGAGUUCCCAGCUCCAAGGCUUUGCGGCAAGUUGUGGCAACUACGGAAGAAACCAAUUGCUGGAGAGGCAGGGUGGCGUGUGCGCGUGCGCGUGCGCGUGCGCCAGCGGUAGAACGCAACUCCGCCCCCAAAGCCUGUGUGGGAUUCUGUGUGGACCUGCACGCCCGGCACCAUGCGACUGGAAGCGAUCCGCUACUCCCCGGGCUCGCUGCAGAUCCUCGACCAGCUGCAGCUGCCUGAGCACUGCCACUACGAGGCGCUGAGCUCCGUGCAGCAGGCCAGGGAGGCCAUCCGCGCCAUGAAGGUGCGCGGCGCCCCCGCCAUCGCUCUGGUGGGCUGCCUCAGCCUGGCUAUGGAACUGCGGGCCGGCGCCGGCGGCCCGGGGCUCGCCGCUCUGGUGACGUUCGUGCGAGACCAGCUACGCCUUCUCGUUGCCGCCCGGCCCACCGCUGUCAACAUGGCCCGUGCCGCCGAAGAUCUGGCUCGCGUGGCGGCCCGGGAGGCUGAACGAGAGGGUGCCACUGAGGACACCGUGCGGGAAAGAGUGAUCCGCUCCGCCGAGGACAUGUUGGAGAAGGACCUCAGAGAUAACCAGAGCAUUGGGGAUUUGGGAGCGCGCCAUCUCCUAGAGCACACCAGCCCCAAGGGUGGCAAGGUGACCGUGCUGACCCACUGUAACACUGGUGCCCUGGCCACUGCUGGCUAUGGCACAGCCCUAGGUGUGAUCCGCUCACUCCACGAGAUGGGCCGAUUGGAGCAUACCUUCUGCACAGAGACCCGGCCCUACAACCAGGGAGCCCGGCUGACAGCCUUCGAGCUGGUAUAUGAGCAGAUCCCUGCCACUCUCAUCGCUGACAGCAUGGCAGCUGCUGCCAUGGCCCACCAGGGUGUGUCAGCUGUGGUGGUGGGAGCUGACCGUGUUGUUGCCAACGGAGACACAGCCAACAAAAUAGGCACCUACCAGCUGGCCAUUGUCGCCAAGUACCACGGUGUCCCCUUCUAUGUGGCUGCCCCCAGCUCAUCCUGUGACCUCCAUCUGGAGACUGGAAAGGAGAUUGUCAUAGAGGAACGCCCCAGCCAGGAGCUGACUGAUGUCAAUGGAGUCAGGAUUGCAGCACAGGGAAUCCAGGUUUGGAAUCCUGCCUUUGAUGUCACCCCUCACGAGCUCAUCACCGGUGGCAUCAUCACUGAGCUGGGUGUCUUUGCUCCUGAGGAACUCCGGACAGCCCUGAGUGCCUCUGUCUUCUCAGAGAAACAGACCUUAGACAGUGCCCAGAUGUGACUAGCUGGCCCUCCCUGCCCUGCCUUGCUUUCCUCUGGUUUUAUAAUAAAGUUCUCAAAUGGUUA